UCGUCUCGUCAAGGCGGCGCAUAGGUGCAGUCUGAGCUACGGGACACUGAGCUUACUCGGCACGGUUCUCGGUUUCCCUUUGGCCCUUCCGCUCGAACUUUGCUGCGAAUCAGCUCAUUUGCUCGAGCGAUCGUUCCAUUCAAUCAUUAAAAUCGCCUUUAACUAAGCACUUGGUCUCACGUCUCCACUUACAGAGGCGGGGCUUGCCGCGGGGCCGACAACUGUUGACGAACGAGACGAGCGAGCUCGCAGUGACUGCGCGAAGGGCCCCAAGCGCCCAAUAAUCAAGCGGGCAUCUAUUGCCUGCCGUCCUUCCCCCUCCUCUUUUAUUCUUUUAUUCGCAAUCAGAGUAUCUUUUGCCAUGGCGCCUUCGGAUUCGCAGCGCACACGACAGGGCGGGGAGCGUGGCGACAGCCGUGUUCCGGAGACCGCUGGCCGGUCGGAUGCGGCAUCGCCCCAGCGCCGGGGAGACGGUGAGUUGGCCUUGUAUGUGUCCGGCUUUGGUCGGAGACUUAUACCAGCAAAUUUAGAGUCGUGGAUCGAAGUUGCCUCGCAGCCGUCGUCGUCAUCCUUAUCAUCUAUUGGCGAGGAUAUCGUGACAACAGGACUUAGGGUUGGAAAUGCUUCACAUCUACACCGGCGGCGACGGUCGCAACAGCAGCAACCCAUGCCCGCUUCAUUUAUCGUUGGCCACCCCGCUUCACAAGGAGGCGCCACGAGCAGCCAGGAGGAAUACGACGAAACAGAGAGCGAGGAGGACCGGGUCCUGACAAGCUCCACCGAGGCAAUACACCCGUCUGCCAGUUUAUUCCGCCAACAGACCGCUGUCCGGCCAGCCGGGGAAAGCGACCCUGACAGCGAUGACGAUGACGAGAAUGCGACAGCCCUUGGCCGUCCGUCCAACGUGCCAGUGUUCAGGCCCCAGCCGAACGCCUUCUCUCACCCGCCUUCGCACCUAACCCAUCGCCACUCGACCGGCUCAGCCCAGCCGUACCAUAACCACCCCCAGCACCGCCCUCCGAUGCCCAACCGCCCGCAUACCCGCUCCCACCGUGGCUCCACGAACUACAUGUGCCCCUCAUAUCAAGCCGACAACGACGCCGCGCUUCGCGCCUCUCUCACCACUCUCCUCUCCUGCGCCGCCGCGGCCCGCGGGCUGUCCAAGGAGAAGCAGCACGGCCUGGACGAGAGGCGGACCGUCGGCGGCGCCGGUGUCGUGCCCAGCUCUCAGCCAAUGGAACUGCGCCUGGUGCCCGAAUCAGAGCUCAUGGCCGAUGACGCCCCACCACCAUCUGCCUCAGCCAGCCGAGCGGCACCCGCGGGCACCGGCCCGGCAGCAGCCAAGACCCUGCAACAACUAGGGCCGCAAACCCGCACGGCAUCCAACUCCAGCGCCCCCAGCGCCGCCCCAAGCUCCAGGUCUGAUUCCCAGAAGGGGGCAGUGUCCUCUUCCGAAAAGCACAAGCGGCCGGCGGCCAGCGGCUCAAACAACCAGACGAAACCCGCAAGAACUGCAAGGAAGAAGCAGCGCACCGGCAGCGGCGGCGCUGCCGCCCUCCUCCAAGGCGAGGCUUCGUCAUCAUCAUUAACGGCCACCUUUCUCAGCAGCCCGACGCUCCUGACCUGGGUUGUGAGCGCUGGCGUCGUGGUGCUCGUGUCCGUGGUGGGCUUCGGGGCCGGGUACGUGAUUGGGCGCGAGGUGGGCCGGCAGGAGGCUGCUUCGUCAGCGUCGUGGGGCGCCGGUCUCGGCGGCGCCUCAUCGAACGGCUCUUCGUGCGGCCGCGAGCUCGUCAGAUCCACCGCGUCGGGCGCUGGCGGCGGCGGUGGUGGUGGGGCGGCUCUGCGGCGGAUCCGCUGGGGCGAUGUGGGCAGGAGCGUCGCGGCUUGAGGUGAUUGCAGUGGAAUGAAAUGAAACGAGAUAUGCCCCCCAUCCAACUGAUUUUGCCUAUACUCAAGCCGGAUUGUGGGAAAUGGUCUGUCGGGGUGAGGGCGCAGG